AUGUCUCGCAUCAGCGUCAUGUGCCACGAAACCCGGCCCGAAAGCGGUUUGCGCGCCGUUCGAAAAGACGCCCCAAGACUUCGCCCAACUGUCUGGCGUGCGACCCACAAAACCACUCUCGGAGGGUAUAUGAGAGGGAAGCAAUCGAAUCAUCCCCGCCUGACAGCGCGAGCGAGGGAGGUUCCCUUGGGGAACACAGUGGAGGUCCAGCCACUGAAAGACCGGCUCUCAUUCCUCCUGCCGAGUCCAAGAGUCGAGUUGUCGUCCUCGUACCAAGAAGAAAGCGGACACCCAGCCCAACUCCGUCUCAACAAGGCAGAACGCUCCAAGACUUCGCCCAACUCUUCUGUGACGUCCCACUCUCGAAGUGUGCGCGGUGCCAUCUUCCUCGGAACACAUUGUGGACAAGAUUCCACUUUCAACCCUGAGGCGCACCCCUUGACCUCUACUGAUCCGGCUCUCUGUUGUUCUGCCGAUUCCCCUGGCCCUUCUGAAGGUCUUGUCGCCCUCACCAAGUCUCCUGCCUCAAGACUGAGCAGUGAAUUUCUGGUUCUUAUGCCGAGAAGAAAAAGAAUACACCUCCAUCGCCAGCUUUAA